AUGGCCUUUUCUUCAAAGCUCCUCGCCGGCAAGGUGGGCAUCGUCACGGGGGCGGGAUCCCCUCACGGCAUCGGGCGCUCCCUGGUCCUCUCGCUCGCCGCUGCCGGCGCACGAGCCGUCUACGCCACGGACCUCACCCUGGCGAACAUCCCUUCCCUACAAGAAGAGGUGCGCGCCGCGGGGUCGGCGUGCAAGGUUCACGGACAGAUCUUGGACGUGUCGUCCGAGGAGCAAACUAUUAGCGUAGUCAAGAAGGCCAUCGCGGACCAUGGCCGCCUGGACUUUUAUUUUGCGAACGCGGGCAUUGGAGGCUUCAGGACGCUGCAGGAUACCAACGCCGCAUACUACGACCGCGUCAAUGCGGUGAUGCAGCGGUCCUUCUUCCUCGCCAUUCGCUAUGCCGGCCAAGGUAUGAGCAACCUUUCGGCGGAGAAGACGAGCCCGGGAGGUUCCAUCGUGGUCACCAGCUCGAUGGCCGGGGUUUCGGGAGGGGUGGCCGACAUCUCGUAUGCGUCCGCCAAAGCCGCCGUGAGCCACAUGGUCAAGUCGGCGUCGGUGCACUUAUCCUCGACACACGUGCGCGUCAACGCCAUGGCGCCGGGCUUCAUCCGGACGAGCAUCAUGGCGACGUCGCAGGCGGCGACCGAGGGCAAGACGCAGGAGCAGACGCCGCCGCUGAGCAAGGAGGAGGCGCUGCGGCAGUUCGACGCGACGCUCGGGCGGCAGGGCGGUGCCGGCAAGUCGCCGUACUACUACGACCGCAUCCCGGAGCCGGGAGAGGUGGCCAGCCUCGGCGUCUUCCUGGCGUCGGACCUGGCGGCCGCAGUCAACGGCCAGAACAUUGUUGCGGACUGCGGCAAGACGGCGGCGGCGUUUGGGGAGAGCAUCAUGGGACCUGUGGCCCCGAUGACGCCCAUUUAG